UCAAAGUAAAGACAAUGAUCACUCGCGCAGCGUGAGUAAUGCUACUACACAUGUUACAUGCAUGCAUAUAUGAGUUUAGGUGUUUUUCAUUGAUUGCAUAUAUUUUCAACUUUUUAAACAUAUACACAACUAUUUAUUGUUGAAAAAAGCAAUGGUGUUUUACACGGAAAUUUGAAAUUCCUAUAUAUAACGUACGUGGAGGUACUUGUAUAGAACUCACAGUCCCACAUUGCAUUUGAGUUUUCUUUCACUGGCUUUCUAUUUUUAUUUUUUUUUUAUAAUCACAUUUGCAAUGGAAGGGAAGGUGUUGUUGGGCCAAUACUUGAUAUGGUUGAUGCUAGUGUUGGGGCAGCUACACGGAUGCAAAAGCUGUAAUGAGAAAGAUAGGACGGCAUUAAUGGAUAUCAAGAAAUACAUAGUCUCGGUUUCUGAAGAAGAGUUAUCGGACUUUGUUCUCACUACUUGGACUAAUGACAAAGAGGACGAUUGCUGUUUUUGGGAAGGCUUAGAAUGCAAUAGUACAAGUGGACGGGUGACUAAACUUUUCAUCGAUUUCUCGUAUUGCAAACCGAGUUCUCUCCUAAACCUUUCUCUGCUGUAUCCCUUUGAACUAGAAGUUCGAAGCCUGCUGUUAUCUGACUCAGGGUUCGGACUCAGUGGCUUCUUUGAUGAUGUGGAAGGUUAUAAAAGUCUAAAGAGAUUAAGAAACCUGGAGAUUCUGGAUCUUUCUUUUUUUAAUUUCAACAACAGCAUAUUUCCCUUUCUUAAUGCCGCCACAUCACUCACAACUCUGUUUCUUAAGUCCAACAAUAUGAGUGGUUCUUUUCCUCUUAAAGAACUUAGAGAUUUGAUGAAUUUGGAACUGUUGGACCUGAGUGGAAACAGAUUUAAUGGCUCCAUACCAGUACAAGAGUUACAUGCCCGGAUGAGCAAACUUAAAGCUCUGGAUCUAAGCGACAAUGAAUUUUCUGGUUCAAUGGAACUGCAAGGAAUUUGCAAACUGAAGAAUAUACAAGAGCUCGAUCUCAGUCAAAACAAACUUGUAGGUCAGUUCCCCUCAUGUUUAACUAGCUUGACUGGACUUCGAGUUCUUGAUCUUUCAUCAAACCAGUUAGCUGGGAAGGUACCAUCUCUUGUCGGUAACCUCAAAUCCCUUGAGUACUUAUCAUUGUUUGAUAACAACUUCGAAGGGUUAUUCUCACUUGGUUGGCUCGCCAACCUCUCAAAGCUUAAGGUGUUGAAACUUGGCUCAAAAUCUAACACAUUUCAACUAGUGUCGGAAAGUUACUUGAAACCAAAGUUUCAGUUGAGAGUUAUUGCACUAACUUCUUGUAACUUGGAGAAGGUUCCUCCUUUUCUCCUACACCAAAAGGAUUUGCGUCAUCUUGAUCUCUCUGGCAACAUUAUUUCUGGGAAAUUUCCUUCUUGGGUGUUGGCUAACAAUACAAAACUCGUGGAUUUGCGUCUACAGAAUAAUUCUCUUACGAGCUUUCAGCUACCGAAAUCUGCUCAUAACCUACUUUCUCUGAAUUUGUCAGUUAAUGAAUUCAGUCAUCUCUUUCCUGAGAACAUUGGGUGGAUACUUCCUCAUUUACGGUAUAUGAAUCUAGCAGUGAAUGGUUUUCAAGGAAAUCUGCCAUCUUCUCUAGGUAACAUGAAAAAUAUCGAGUAUCUGGAUAUAUCUCACAACAGUUUCUACGGGAAGCUACCGAGAAGUUUUGUACAAGGUUGUUACUCCUUACAGUACUUGAAGUUGUCACAUAACAAACUAAGUGGAGAGAUUUUUCCGGAAUCAGCAAACUUUAGUGAUAUAUGGAUGUUGUCUAUGGAUAACAAUAUGUUCACAGGUAAAAUUGGAGAACGUUUGCGGAGCUUGACGUCUUUGUAUAUGCUUGACAUUUCGAACAACAAUCUCACAGGUGUUAUUCCAAGUUGGAUUGGCGAGCUUUCACGCUUAUCUGCACUAAUAAUUUCAAACAACUCGUUGGAAGGUGAAAUACCUGUUUCGUUGUUCAGCAUAUCUGAACUAGAGCUACUGGACCUCUCUGCAAACAGUUUGUCUGGGGGCAUACCUCCACACGUCAAUUCCACAGAUGGGCAUGGGCUAGUGUUACUCCUGCAAGACAAUAAUCUUUCAGGGGUUAUUCCAGACACAUUGCUAGCAAAUGUCAAAAUACUUGAUCUUAGAAAUAACAGAUUGUCUGGAAAUAUUCCCGAGUUCAUCAACACCCAAAACAUCAGUAUGCUGCUUCUGCGUGGGAAUUAUUUAACUGGCCGCAUCCCCCCACAGUUGUGUGGCAUAAGCAACCUCCAAAUUUUGGAUCUUGGAAAUAACAGACUAAGUGGAUCCAUACCUUCUUGCCUUAGCAAUACAUCCUUUGGUUUUGGGAAAGAGGAUACAUCAUACGACUAUGAUUCCGAUCUGUCUUCCUCGUCUGUUGAUUCCUUGCAUGUUGAUUUUUAUUUUGCGUCGCUUCUCAUGUUUGAACGGUUUGGUAUGAACUACAAAGAAGGCUCCCAAACGAAAAUUGAGUUUGCAACAAAGUAUCGAUAUGAUGCCUACAUGGGUGGAAAUCUCAAAUUAUUGUUUGGACUUGAUCUCUCAGUAAAUGAGCUGAGUGGUGAGAUCCCAGUUGAGCUUGGAGGUCUUAUGGAGCUACAAUCUCUCAAUCUUUCUCACAACAACUUGUCAGGAGUGAUACCUAAUACCUUUUCAGGUCUCAAGAAUGUGGAAAGCCUUGAUCUCUCCUUCAACAGAUUACAUGGCCGGAUCCCACCACAACUUACAGAUUUGAGCAACCUCGCCGUGUUCAAGGUUUCAUACAACAACUUGUCAGGAGCCAUUCCACAUGAAAGACAGUUUAACACCUUCGAUACACAAAGCUACGUAGGUAAUCCUCUUCUCUGUGGUCAACCAACCAACACAAGCUGCAACAACAAUAACUUACAAGAACCAGAUAAUGAAGUGGAAGCUGAUGAAUCUUUAAUCGACAUGGUGUCUUUCUAUUGGAGUUUUGCUGCAGCCUAUGUCACAGUACUUCUUGGGAUACUCGCAUCACUCUCGUUUGAUUCUCCUUGGAGCCGAGCUUGGUUCUACAUCGUAUAUGCUUUCAUCCACAAGGCUACGAAUUUGCUGUAGGUGCUAAAAAUGCAUCUAGUGUGCUAGUUUCAUUCUCGUCCCCAUCUGUUGUUGUUCUUCUCCAUACCUUUGUUUCGAAAACCAGACCAUUACUUAUGUUUUAGUUCCUGUCGUCUGUAUUGUCUUUUGUCUUUGAAUAAAUGUAAUGCCUCAAGCUGGUUUGGUGGUUGUUUCAAUAUACAGAAAGUUGCAUAAAAUAAUCUCAAAAUGAGAGUACACAGACCCCAAAAAAAAAAGAAUAGAUACAGAGAAAUUUCUCGUUAGAUCUCUUUCUUCUGUAUGAAUUCUAUACCGAUUUACAGUAUCUUUUCAGGUAACCAUCUCAAGAAGAACUUCAGUAAUUACAUAACACACCAUAUGAUUUUUAUCCUGCUGUAGAAUAUAAAGACCCAAAUACAAGCAAAUGAAUCAGCAAGACAAAAAAA